CUUGACCACAACCCAACUGCCAUUCAUCCUUAAAGGGGCAGGAUCCCUAAUGAACAAAUCUCCUAAACCCUUACGAAGCGUGUCCAUUCUGGCCAUCGUGCUCCCCCGAUGGCACACUGUCACCAAGACCUCCUUACAACUGACUCUGUGGAUGCCUGAGGCUAUAAUCAAUAUUCGUUUAAUUUGUUCUUUCAGAAUUACUUUUUGAAUUUAAUGACCUUUUUGUGGUCUUUUUGAAAGAAUUUCAGAAUCAGAUUACAUUUUAUCUUUGUAUUUUUUCUUUAACUUUUUAUCAUUCAUUGGAGGCAGCACUGAAGCCAUAACAUCUGAAGGAGAAACAGGUUGUCAGGGCAAAGUUUGGUAGUUUUCCAUUUAUUUUUUGCCACUUCUGGCCAAAACCCAUCCGGGCCAUAGGGGGACACAUGUGAAGACGCCCAACUCUCUCAGCUGCCUUCCUCUGCUUGAGGUCCCGCCGCCGGCACAGCCGAGGAGGGGCCCCUGGAAGCAAAGCGUUUGGAUGCAUCUCUCACUGGACGCCACAACGAUCAUGGUGGAUGAUGGUUGCCUCACGUCAGACAACUACCACGACUUUGUGAAGGUUGGCGGCUCUAACGUAGGAGGUCGAGUGCACAGUAUUGACGUUAUCCUGGGGUUCAGUAAAGAUCAGGACCCCUUGCUCAACCCAGUCGGUGCCAACAGCGCCCGGAAAAUGGACCCAGAAGACAUGCUGCAGGGCAAGCAGGUCCCCCCUGACUCGUACGGACACCUGCCUGGACUAACGGAGGGCCAGCAGCACGCAUCUUAUCAGGACUCAGGACUCUUCUCCAGUAAUGGCAGUAACAGUAAGUGCGAUGCGGAGCUGGGCGACCUCCAGAAAGGCGUGGACACCGACAGCAGGUCCCCAGAGCCCCACGAGGAGGACACGCCCAAAAAGAAGCACCGCCGCAACCGUACCACCUUCACCACCUACCAGCUCCACGAGCUUGAGCGUGCCUUUGAGAAGUCCCACUACCCAGACGUGUACAGCCGUGAAGAGCUCGCCAUGAAGGUCAACCUGCCUGAAGUCCGAGUUCAGGUUUGGUUCCAGAACCGCCGUGCGAAAUGGAGACGCCAGGAGAAGAUGGACACCAGCACCAUGAAGCUGCACGACUCACCCAUGCUCUCCUUCAACCGGCCGCCCAUGCCCACCAACAUGGGGCCCAUGACCAACUCCCUGCCCCUGGACCCGUGGCUCACCUCCCCCCUGGCCAGCGCCACCCCCAUGCACAGCAUCUCAGGCUUCAUGGGCCCCACGCAGAGCCUGCAGCCUGGGUACCCCUCGCAUCCCGGCUACCUCAACACCUCCCCGGGCAUGGUGCAGAGCAUGCAGACCAUGCAGAGCAUGCAGACCAUGCAGACCAUGCAGACCAUGCAGCCUCCACCCUACCAGUGUCCUCCCUCGUUCAAUGACAAGUAUCCACUGGAGGACGUGAACCAGCGCAGUUCUAGUAUUGCUGCACUCAGGAUGAAGGCCAAGGAGCACAUCCAGUCUAUGGACAAAACUUGGAUGCCCAUGUGACUGGAAGAGUGUGGACAGGGAGACAGUAAUGCAUAAGAGUGCAGCUUCUGUGUAGCUGUUCAAUUUGUGUUUUUUUUUGGUGAUUUGUUUGUUUGUUUAUUUUUUAUGUAAGUGUAUGUACAUUGUGGUAGCCCAUGGAAAUCUGUUUUCGUAUUAUUUUGUCAGCACUGAAUUGUUCUCUGGCGUUCUGGGAUAGUGGAGCUGCUGUGGCCAGUACAGUGUUUUUUUUCCUUCUUCUUUUUUUCUAUUUACAUCUGAAGACUUUUAUCUUUGGUGACUGUAAGGACUUUUCCGAGACUUUUGUGAAGUUUCUCAGUUUGAUGACCAAAGCAAACCUCACAAGAUGAGGUGUUUGUAGAACUGCUUGUGCAGAUGAAUGCCUGCAAGGCCAUUGUGUGACAGUCUUAUAAGCUGCUAGGUUUUGAUUGGUGACUGCAACAUGAGGCAUUAUGACAUCAAUGUUUCAUGGAACAGUGGGUUCUUUUUCUUCUUCCCAAACUUGAACGGCAUCAAUGACAACACCACUGUCAAACCUGGAUGGUUCCCAACCUUGAACUACAUCAAUGACAACACCACUGUCAAACCUGGAUGGUUCCCAACCUUGAACUUCAUCAAUGACAACACCACUGUCAAACCUGGAUGGUUCCCAACCUUGAACUACAUCAAUGACAACACCACUGUCAAACCUGGAUGGUUCUCAACCUUGCCCACUCUAACCUAAUGUCUGCUUGUAUGUCUUCCUUAAGGACAGGUCGCAAUAACGUUCUCACUUACACAUGUAACAAAUAGAAAAGGAUUCAACACACCUCUGUUUAGGUGCAGAAUCAGUUCCUAUGCAAGCAGGUAGAGGUUACUCUUAACACUCCUAACCUGCACACUACAGAUGAAGAGCAGAGGCUUCAACUGAUUUUUUAACAGAAUUUUGUUUAGGUGCUGAACUAAGCCCUAUGCCGACAUGAUGGAGGUCAUUCUGAACUCAAUCCAAGGCCCUUUUGAUUGCCCUUUGAAAGCAAUCAUUGAGCUCACUCCGACUCAGUGCUUGAGCCGUUUAGAAAUCAUCUUAGUUCUCCCUUUCAAGAAAAGGAUCUUCUAGGAAUCAGGUGUUGCAGUCUGUCGGUGGUUAAUCAAUUAGUGGAGACAUGGAGCUCUAAGUAUCCAUCUAACUGCUUUUAGUUUGUAAUCUUCAUCCAUACUUAACGGACAGCUGGCCAACUGAGUCAGCACACAGGUGCUUGCACACACAGGUCAGGGUAGGACAGGAUAGCAUCAAACCUACAAAAAGGUAAACUUUUCACAAUAUUUGAAGUAAUAUAUAAUUUGGUGAGAGGUUUACUGAGCUCCUUCCUGUAUGCAGGGAAAAUGGUCCUUUUGGAAACUAAAAGUGCAGAACAAAUACUGUAUAUAUAUAUAUAUAUAUAUAUAUAUAUAUAUAUACAGUAUACAACAUGAUUCCAUUAUUCGGUACUCUGAUAUGAUCUGUCUGAGGCAGCACGGAUCAUAUGAUCAGAUCCAGGUUGAUGUUUUGAAACACAAGUGCAUCUUACCAUAGUACUCUUUCUUGUGAUUAUGAACACAUUGAAAAGGGCACUUUGUUGAUCAUUCAUAAAAGUAGCGCAGUAGGAGUCCAGGAGCAAUCAUUGUGUCAUAAAGGAAAACAAACUGUGAUAUUUGUUAUUACUGAAUGUAAGAUUUUUACUGAAUUUCUAUUAAUGGAAAACAAACAUUUGCUACAUGUUUUUGAGAACUCAUACAUAUCAUAGAUGGUAAACAUGCUGUAUUUAGCUGAAAUACUGUGGUCUAAGGAAAUAAUCACAUUCUGACUGUCACAGGUGUGUUGUGACGGUCACAAUAUUUUAGAAUGUUGGUGUAGUUUUAACAUUUUACCUCACUCUCAAUAUGAGAGUCAGGGUAGCUCUCAGUCUAAGUACUGAUAUGCAAGUCACACAUGGGGCUACACUUCCCUGGUAAAGUGAAAAAAUAGUCAGUCGUAAAUAGUUUUUAAGUGUCUUUCUUUUUAAAUAAUGGAUGUGAGCGUGAGUAUAGUUUUUUUCUUUUUCAUUCAGCAUGUAACGGGUUAAAGGUCUGAAUGGGUUUUGUCUAAACAUGCUGUUUUGGAACACUUUGCAGAAGUUUAAUGUUAUGUUAGUAAUGAACCAUGAAAAGCCAAAGAAUAUAGUUUUCUUUUUUAUAUAUAUAUAUAUAAAUAAUUAUGGAAAAUAUUGAGAAGAUUUAGCAAUGCACUCUGAGAAUGUUGUAUGGUCAAGAACAGGAUAAAAACUAACAACAUUGUGGCAUGUCUAUGCAGUCUUUUGAGUACUUACCCCUUUCACUUAAAUGUGUUUUUGUUGAAUGUGUUAUCUGUAGAAUAUGAACAAUGUACAUGUGAAUAUUUUGCACUAACAAUUGCAAGACAAUAAAAAAGUCAAAUUAUUUAUACA